AUGUGGCGGUGGGUGUUGGCGCAAUCGAGCAUAGUGCUCCUGGUGGGAGCCACCAUAGACUACAGAUUUUUGAGUAGACGAUAUGAGGAGCCGAUUAAACAGGCAGACUGUGUUGAUUAUUCUACAAUGAAUAAUGGAAAUUUCAUUAUUGGAGGAUUACGAUCAAAACGAUCGAUUAUGAAAUUACAACGGACUGCAGCCUUUCAUCCAACGUUUCCUCUGCUGAAUACCAACGAGAUAUACGCUCGCCGGAUCGAUAGAUUGCUCCCCAACGCAGAGGAUAUCGUCAAAGAACACGCAAAACUCGUGCAAGAUAUCAAUGGUUUACGACAAGUGGCAUUCGUUAAGCCUUUAGUUGAAGAGCCUAGGGAUUAUGAGGACUCGAUAUUUCACGACAUAAUUGAAGUUUCUACUACCGCACGUCCAGUACCGAGAGUGACUACCCCGAGACCGCCUCUCCGUCCGACUAGGUCGAAUUCUAUUCCUUUGAUCCUGCUUGGCGGCGCCAGUCAGAACGACCUCGUUCGUACUCAGCCGAUGAAGUUUUCAAAAUCUGUCAGCCUUGUGGGCACACCUGUGUCCCCAUUAAAACAUCCUUAUCCCUUCGUGGUGCACGGUACACAGAAACCCUUGAAGAUUUGUAUGAAUCCAAUGCAUUUAAAUAUGUAUACUACGACGCACAGACCUUCUUUGCUACAGCGACUCCUAAAUUCUAUAUUGCCUAGAGGUAGAUAG